AUGUCGAUCAGGGCGACAAAACGUAUCUUUCACAAAUAUACAGGCUCAGUCAACAGAAAGUUGUUGCUUGGAACGUCAUCGACGUUUCAUUCUCUUAUCCCCAGCACUGCGAGAAUGUCAGCGCCUUCGACAGAAACGGCUCGCCUUGUCGACGCCAAAAUUGCCACCCAGGCUGAUGAGUAUGCAUUCAAGCAUGUUCACAUCAAUUCGCCUACUGCAAGACCGAGCAUCGACAUCUUGAACAAGGCUCUCGAGAAUCAGCACGCCGCUGGCUUGCCGGACAUUGCGGUGUCCCCAAAUCAGGGUAAAUAUCUUCAGGUCCAGGCGCAAAUUGCGAAUGCAAAGAACAUCUUGGAAGUGGGUACGCUGGGUGGCUACUCCACCUUGUUCCUGGCCAACUCCAGUCCCGACGCCAGGGUCACGACGAUCGAGUAUAAUCCGGAGCAUGCCAAGGUUGCGCGAGCCAACUUCGAGAUGGCUGGUGUGGCCGACCGCAUCACGGUGCUGGAAGGCGCUGGUGCCGAUAUCCUGCCAAAGGUGUAUGAAGAAGUCAAGCAGGGCAAGUUACCUCCCUUUGACUUCACGUUCAUUGACGCGGACAAGGAGUCCAACUGGUUCUAUCUAGACCUAGCAGUCAAGAGCAGCAGAAAGGGAGCCGUUAUUAUCGUGGACAACGUGAUCAGGAGGGGUGGUCUGGUCGACCCGGAAAUGCAAGCUGAACCCAGAGUAAUGGGCUCGAGGAAAGUGAUCGAGAAUGCCGGUGCAGAUCCCAGAAUUGCAUGUUCUGUUCUGCAAACCGUGGGCGGCAAGAGCUACGAUGGGAUGAUGAUCUGUGUGAAACUAUGA